GCAACUUCCUCGACUGUACUCUUGCAAAACUGCACUCUUGCAAAUGCAAUGAAUGUGCUUAAUCGCGAAUCUUUCGGCGUACAUUUCGGCCACCUCUAAGCUCAUGGGAUCCGGAGAUCCAGUGCUACCCAUUUUCAACAUUGUUUCAAACCCGACCGUAACCCGCACAUCUACUUCUCCUUCGCCCUUAUCGGUUGACUAAUCAAUCGCGGAAUUCCGUGCCGCACGCAAGCAACUCUGACGCGAUUGCAGCUCUACUGCUUGUUCUCUCCCCUGAAUCCUGUAAUUUUUUUCUUCCACGUCAAUCCAUCUUCUAGAUGGCCAAGUCAGAGUCGGCUCUGCAGGCUUCUGAACAGCUCCCUCUCUUUAACGGAGAAUAUGAUGGGCCUCUUCGACGGCGCACUAUCAGACGACCUUGGAGAAAACUCAUCGCGAUCAUUGCCACAUCUCUUCUUGUCACCUUUCUCAUUCAGGACGCUCUGAUCCGUCUAUGUCUCGCACACCACCAUAUCUUCGAGCACCAUGUAGGGAGCACACGGCGGCGAGCGCCAUCUUAUACCCACAAUCAGGCUUACAUCAUCGAGGCCACUCACGGUGCUGUAGCAAGCGAGAACGAGAUCUGUUCCGAGCUUGGAGUCGAUAUUUUGAAGGCCGGAGGCAAUGCAGUUGAUGCAGCCAUAAGUACGACAUUGUGCAUCGGUGUCGUGAACAUGUUCUCCUCUGGCAUCGGAGGCGGAGGAUUCAUGACAGUUCGUAUCCCCCCUCCAUUUCCAAAUGCUUCCUCGGAGGUCUACACAAUUGACUUCCGAGAAGUGGCUCCUGCCCGGGCCAACACCACUAUGUACCUUGAUAACCCGAUAGCAUCCCUCAUUGGCGGGUUGGCCGUCGGUGUGCCUGGUGAGCUGCGAGGUCUCGAAGAGGCACAUAAGCGUUGGGGAAGCAUACCGUGGAAAGCACUUGUCGAACCCAGCGUUAAGCUGGCCCGAGGGUGGAAAAUGCAGCGUGAGUUGGCACGCAGGAUUCGGAUAGACUUCUUCAGUGCGUUGAUGCUCGAGGACCCCGACUGGAGUUCUAUCUUCGCUCCCUCUGGAUCGCUAUUGGAGAAGGGUGAGAUCAUCCGCCGCAUCAACCUCUCGCGCACUUUGGCGAUCAUUGCAGAAGAGGGUGCAGACGCAUUCUAUAAGGGUCCCAUUGCAGACGCAUUCAUAGAGAAGGUCCGAGCGACAGGAGGCAUUCUCACUCACAAGGAUCUUGAGAACUAUCAGGUUCACGUGAAACCCGCACUCCAAGGAACGUACCGUGGCAGGAAGGUCUAUACAACCGAUGCACCUACGUCUGGACCGGUCUUACUACAUAUGCUCAAUCUCAUGGAGCAUUACAAGGACCUGAUAGAUGAGGGUAGAACGGCAUUGAACACUCAUCGGUAUGUUGAGGCGAUGAAGUUUGGGUUCGCCGCGAGGACGAAAGUUUGCGAUCCGGCUUUUGCGAACAAGAGUGCGCCCAUAGACGAAAUUUCCACAAAGGAGUACAGCGAUAUCAUAUUCCCCAAUAUCACUGAUGAUCGUACACAUACCCCAGAUUACUAUCAUCCGAUCUUCGAUGUCAUUGACGAUCACGGAACGAGCCAUACGUCUGUGGUGGACAAAAACGGGAUGGCCGUCGCACUGACGUCUACGAUCAACAUGGUGUUCGGCUCGCAAGUCAUGGAUCCCGUGACGGGGAUCAUCCUGAACGAUGAAAUGGACGACUUCUCCACCCCUGGACAGCCCAAUAACUUUGGCCUGUACCCCUCACCUUUCAACUAUCCGGAGCCAGGAAAGCGCCCACUCUCGUCCACGACGCCGACCAUCAUCGAGAACGAAGAUGGCUCGUUCUACCUCGCCGUCGGAGGUUCUGGUGGCUCCCGCAUCUUCGGUUCUGUCUUCCAGGUCAUCCUCAACAUGAAUUGGGGCAUGGACGUGAGCGCCGCGAUCGAGUACGGACGCUUACACGACCAGCUCUUCCCCACUUUCGCAGAAGCAGACGAUGUGUACUCGGGAGAGAUUCUGGACGGACUCCGAGAGCGAGGACACAAUAUCACCGUGUCCGACAUCAAUCGCAUCGCAGCUGUGGUCCAGGCGGUCACGAAGCAAGGCAAUAGAUUAUACGCGGCAAGCGAUUCCAGAAAGGACGGCAUUGCCGCAGGGUAUUGAUAGACCACAUGUUCCUCUCAUUCACACAAUAUAUCCCAGCACUUUUCGACAUGCCAGUUGCACAUUCC